GCGCACCGGGUAAUCUGACAGUGGCCAUAACUACAAGCUCCAGCGUGAGUCCUUCUGUCAUACUCCACUGAAAGUUUUCAUCGGAGCCUCGGACAAAAUGUCUGCAGUAAUUCGGAGGAUUAUCAACACUGCUGCUGCUCCGGCUGCAAUCGGACCUUACAGCCAGGCCGUGGUGGUGGAUCGCACUAUGUACAUCUCUGGGCAGCUGGGAAUGGACGCAGCAACAGGACAGUUAGUUGCAGGAGGCGUCCAGGCCCAGGCCAAACAGGCCCUUAUUAACAUGGGAGAGAUUCUGAAAGCAGCUGGAUGUGGAUAUGAAAAUGUUGUUAAGACAACUGUACUCUUGGCAGACAUGAAGGACUUCAACAAUGUCAAUGAUGUUUAUAAGCAAUUCUUCAGUAGCAACUUCCCAGCUAGAGCUGCUUAUCAAGUUGCUGCCCUGCCCCGAGAUGGCCUUGUUGAGAUUGAGGCAGUUGCUGUGUUAGGACCCAUAACAGACGCAUCCUGACUAACCGCUGCAAACAUGCACAAACUGUAAAGCUAGAAUAUGAUUGGAACCAGAUCACUGCCAGCCUUCAUCCUGACAUGCCUUAAUAGUUUAUACACAGCAAUAAUGCAAUAUUCUAUUGACUUUAUAUUUCAUUGUGCACUUUCCAAAUUACUGUUGGAUGUUUUUUUCCUGUUUGUACUUUCCAUGAUUUGGCUUUGCAUCACUACAUCAACUUCAUCUAUUCCAUAAUACAGAGUAAUGUGGGUUUAUAGUUCUAAUUAAAUUUGCUUUACAAUAAAGUAUUACUGUCUUGCUAAAAUAUAAUUUUUUUUAAAUCAACAGUGUCACUAAGUGAUCUGUAUUUCUCAUUGUUUCUCACACUACAGUACUAACACAUAAAUAAAUUGUAAAACCCUA